GGUGGGUGUGGGUAUGUAAUUGAAUGUCGAUAUAUUAUUUGAAAAUUCAUUAUAGAGUAUUUUGUGCAUUUCUGAUUUGUGGGGAAAAUCUUGUUCUUCAGCAAAGAUGUUCAAAUAAAGCUCUGAAAUUCGAUGUGUUGGAUGAAAAUGCCAUUAAUCUUCUUUUUUUAAGUUUAAAAUUUAUGUUGUAAUGCAAAUCAAAUCAGAUGUUCUGUUAUAGGGGCCCUUCUGCUGGAAAUGUGAACUUCAUAGUUCAGAAAGUAAAAUGUAUUUAAAAAUUCAGCAUCAAAUGAGGCCAGAAUGAUUAAUAGGGAGAAAACCUAGUGAAUGGUAUGAAAUUUCUGUUUUUGAUAAUUUUUCAUCAUUGCCACAGUGGAUCUAAAUGUGUUUAUGUUUUUAUUUGUUAUCAAUAUGGCAGAAGAAGCAGGAUCCAAUUUCCUCCCCUCUUUGCCUCUGGGGAAACCACGUGGAGUUAUUUAUAUUUUGACAGGGCUAACAAAAAAAACUUGCCAGUGUUAUUUGAUACUUGGAUACAAAUUUACUGCAGAGGUUCUCAUCUCGUUUCUAGCUCUUGGUGUGUACACAAAAUCAGCCAUUAAAUGUGUGCAUGUGUAGCAUUCUGGAAGGAAGAAAUCUUUGCUCCUGAGUGUUUUGUUUGGAUUUAUCCUCCACUUUCCUCUGACUGGUGAAUGUAAAUUGUGAUUAUUUAUGAUGGCAAGACAGGACACAAAUUGUACAUUGUGUAAAAUAACAGAUUCAUCAUGCUGGACAUUGGAAGUCUCUUUGUGAAUGGUGGAAAAUUGAUGUAGCUACAUUAAAUGUUGUGAGCUGAAUUUUAUAGUUCAGCAGAGGUAACCCUACAAUAAAACUUCUGUGGAAUGGGUGCUACAUGUAGUUCGCAAACAAAUGUUGAUAUACAAAUCUUCUCAUAAAUCAGCCUGUUUGUAUGCUUAUCACUUGCAGAUACAUUGGGAAAUAUAAGAAAUAACUUUAAGUGGGAAAUAAUUACAUGAUUAUCACAGUGCUUAGCUGGUGAUUGAGAAGACUUUUCCAAUGAUUGGCUUCAGUGACAGAAUGUGGCGUCUUUCAUGAAGCAGACAGGAUGAAAUCCUUUGUAUCUUUGAUUCUGGUCUCUUCAUGUCUGGGAAGCUUGUCAUCUCCAAAAAUUCUGUUAUUAUCGCCCUUUGAAGAAGGCAUGGUGCCCCAGUUCCUGGAGGAACCAGAGUCUAUGGCUGUGGCCCCAGAGUCUUCAGUGAUACUACCCUGCAAAGUCAGUGACCAGGAAAGUACUGUUGUGCGAUGGAAGUUUAAUGGAGAUUUUGUGAAGGAGAAUGAUGCUAGGAAUUUCCAAAUGAAUGGAACAAAUUUAUAUAUACAAAAGUUUAAACAGAGGCGAAAAGCUGAAUCCAAUGAAGGAAUCUACCAGUGUAUAGCCACAAAUAAUGCAGGGUCCCUGGCCAGCAAACCAGCAAGGCUCUCCAAAGCAGCACUGAAGCCUUUCAAGUCACGGGAGGAUCUUCAUCUGACUGUUUUGCAAGGUCUAAACAUCAACCUACCCUGUGAACCCCCAGCCAGCAACCCGCCAGCCACCAUAUUGUUCUCAGUGAAUGGAUCUACUGUCACCUCAGGAAAAUCUGGGAGGUUCCUGGUCUUUGCUGAUGGAAGCAUGAUGAUUCGCAAUGCCAGUCUGUUGGACUCUGGACGAUAUCACUGUGUGGCGGUCAAUCCAGUGACUGGACGGAACCGAACAGCCAGUCACGUAGUUCACCUCCAGGUUCUAAAAUUUGCUAAGGUCAAACCCCUGGAAAAGCAGCCUGCAAUCAUCUUAUCCUCAACCACCAUCAAAGCAGGCAAGGGAGACAAUACUGUGUUGGAAUGUGCAGCAGAUGGCUCCCCACCACCAAACAUCACAUGGGAUCGCUAUGGUGGCCAACUUACUCCUGACAGACACAUGGUGAAAAAUGGAAAUCUGCAUAUAUACAACUCGACACAAGCUGAUGAGGGGACUUAUCUCUGCACAGCCAGUAAUGGGGUUGGGUCAGUGCAGGUCAAGGCUAUGGAACUAAAUAUAGAAGAACCUCCAACAGUGAUGGUGAAGACUUUCAAAGUAGAAGUUGAUGUAGGUGAUUCUGUCCAAUUGUUGUGCGAGGUCAAGGGUAAACCAGUACCAGAAGUUAUCUGGUACCACAAUGCAGUUCCAACAACCAAUCUCUUGAGGGCUGAAAAUGGAGUUACCACUCACACCAUAAAUAGUAUUCGAAAAUCUCAAGGAGGGAUUUACCAGUGCAUGUCAAGCAAUGAUGCUGGGAUGGCCUACUCAGCAAUGGAAGUGGAGGUCAAGGGAGGUCAAUCAGUGAUUGAUAAUAAAGUACCUGAUAUCAAAGGAAAUAUUUUACCAGGAGGUGAAAUUUCUGGUGGAGUCAUGAAUGGGAGUAGUGCCAAAACUUCUAGAAACAGAAAUAAUAGAAAGAAAGGCAAACGAAAGAAGAAGCAGAGGAAGAAGACAAGACGAAAAAAUAACAGGAAUAGAAAUAAAGGGCGACUGCCAAAUAAUGGUCCAAAAGUCAAAUUAGUUCCACCAAGUGCCCCUGAUGUUGUACAGCUGUCAGAUACAUCAGUGAAAUUGAACUGGACUGUCCCUGAAAAUGAUGGUUUAUCAAUUACAUUCUUUCGAAUCCAGUACAGGGCCAUCAAGCCCAAGAAAACACAAUGGAAGACGGAGGACACGGAUGUCAGGGGUGAUCAGAGAAUGUAUGAACUUAUUCAUCUCAAACAAGAUGGCACAUACAAAUUCCGAGUUGCAGCAGUCUACUCCAACAAUGACAACAAGCAUGGACCAACUUCCAAGAAGUUUACUCUGAAAACAGCCCCACCCUCUGAGCCUCAGGCUCCUGAGGGAGCACCUGUCAUUGUAGAGGUCAAACCAGUGGAAUUUCAAGACAAACAUGGACUCAAUGUCAGAUGGAAUUAUAUACCUAAAAAGAAGUCUCCAAUUGAAGGCUUUACUCUUCGCUACAAAGAAUACAGUGCUAAAACCAACUUCACCAACCUGCAGUUAUUGGAGCCCAACAUCAGAACAUAUAUGAUUCAAAAUCUCAAAGCAGCUGUGGAGUAUACAAUCCAGAUACAGAGUUUCAACAUGGCAGGUUACAGUGAUCUCAGUAAUGAGGUUGUCAUGAAAACUAAAGGAGGUAAUCCUUUCUUUCCACCAGCUGGCAAUAUUGACCAACCAGUCCUAAAUGUAGAUAAUACUAGGUCAACUCCAGCUCCAUCCAUCCCAUCUCAACCAAGCCUAAACACAGAAGAGCAGGAGAAAAAUAAUACACAGUCAAGUAGUGAGAUGUUGUACAUGGUGCUGGGGAUUGUCCUGGGAGUCAUGAUGCUGUUCCUCAUUAUCUUCAUGUUCAUGUGUUGGUGGAAGCAAAGACAGCAGAGAAGGAUGAUGGAUGCAAUGAAUGAUGCAGUGUGUCAAAAGUUCCAGGACUCUUCUCAGAGAAUAUACACAGACAGUCUACAUAAAAAAUAUCCAAAUGGAAGUGUGUUUGGGUGCAAUGGGGUAAAUGGAUCUAUUCCCAAUGGGCAUGCUGGUAAUGCAUACACCAGAAUGAACAUUAAUGUGAAUCCACUGUCUGAAAUUGAUAUAGCCAACCAUAAUCAGGGAUCCAGUUACCAGACAACUACAUUUGUGCCGAAUGGCAGUAUACCAAGUCAUUACAAUGAAAAUGAUAACAAUUUCAAUAAAAUUAACUGCAGUAUGGAUGGUUCACUACAUAGUACUUCUCAUCAUAGCCAACACUGCAUAGAGACAGUAGACUCUAUGGGAGGGGGCGAGGCACCGGCCUGUCCCCCCUCACCUCAUUCAGGUCAUGUGCCAACAGGAUUUAAUAGUGAUUUCAAUUCAGACUCACAGCAGGAAACUUUUUCUCAUGGUGGAUGUGAUCCCCAUUUAAGAGUUUUUCACCAUGAGAGUAGCAGGGACAUAGGAGUGCAUUAUUCUUGUGACAGUUUGCCAAGAGAAGGUGGUGCUAAUUCCGGAAAGCCCAAGUGCCGACGAAAACGGGCAUCAAGUCAAGAUCAUGGGAUGCGGGAUCAGGCCACCAACACAGAUCUAAGUAGCAAUGAAGGAACAAUAGAAUUCAAUUCUUACGACAGAGGAGUAUGUUCAUCUCAGAUUUCUGGUCAGAAUUCAAUUCAGCCUCAGACAUUUGACUCAUCUUCUCCAAACUCAGAAUUAAUGCAAUCAAAUAAGGAAGUAUGACAUCAUCUGCUUUGAGAUGCCUCAUUUUCUGCCAUAUGGAAUCCCAAAACAGAAAGUUGUUUAUUUGUGUAUUUGGCUCAUCAGUUGCCACUCAAAAAGUAGCAUUAUCCAUUUGAGAGGAUUUUGUUAAUCAAAGUGACCAUGCUCUUGCAAGGAAGAGGAGAGUUUAAUUGAACCACCUUCUUUUUAAUUUUUUAACGAGAAUUUUUAUAAAUUUGUAUUCAUGAACCACACAUGGCCCGAUGACCUAAUUGUUGUUUUUUCUUUCUCUUGUAUAUUAACGAGAAUGUUGCAUACCUGUGUACAUUAACAAGAUUGUAAUAACACAACAAGAUAAUACCUCAGUUUUAUUAGUUAGUUAAAAUUCAAGCAAGCCAAAGCUUAUCAUGUGAUCAAUAUUUUUCAGUUGAAAGGAAUAUGUUGUCUGGAAAUUGGUGUGCUUUCAAUUUGUAUAGUGUGUGAGUUUUUAAUUUUUUUCCCCCUUUUUCUUCUUUCUUUUUUGGUCCAUACCAUGUUAUUGUUAUUUUGGGGCAGCCUUUUACUUUUACAUACCGUAUAGCGGGUUUAUUCCGCGGGUCUAAAAUUUGGUGAUUUGCUGUCUGAAAUAAUUUUAAUAAUUUUAGCGAAAUAAAUUUUAGCGGACAGGGAAGAGUUGUCUCUUUUUCAAAUACUGAAGUUGCAAUUGGGGGCAUAUUUGGCGAUUGAAAUUUUGGCGGAAAGCUAUCUAACUGCUAAAAUAAGCCAAAAUUAUAACUCCGCUGAAAAAAACCACUAUACGGUACUUAUUAAAGUUCAUUUCAUUACAAACUAAAUCAUUGAUGCAUUCAUUUUAAUUUUGAAUUAUAGCUCAGUUUAUAGCUCAGUACUAUAAAUACACUAUACUCUAUAUGACUGGAAUUUGAAAACCAAAAACAAGGUCACCUUCAUUUCUUUUUGCAGACUUCAAAAUUAGCAGACUUUUAUGAUCAUUAUAAUGAUAUAGCAUAUCUUUCUGUGUGUUAUUAUAUACAAAUUCAUAAAAUCUGUUGAAAAUCUCAAUAGUUUUCACACUCAAUAAUAUUUAUUAUUCAACCUCUUUUGUAACAUAUUAUUAUAACAUUGUCUACAGUGAAUUAUAUUUAUAAUGAUCGAUACUUCUCACAGUAUCAAAAGAUGUUUCUUUUAUUUGCCAGCAUUGGAUUUCAAGAAAGUGUGUGUGUGUUUAAAAAAUGUUGUUAUAUAAUAGUCUAAUACAGAUAAUUAUGUUGUACUGUAGGCAUUGUCCACAGGCCAGGUCAUAAUUCCACCAGUUUAUAUAUUCUGCAGAUUUGUACAAGUAUCUAGUAAUUAUUUUUGUUUCAACAUACUUUGAACAUUGUAUCUCAAUUCAGCAGUACCACAACAAUUGCCAAGAUUUGGUGUGAAUUAUACAUAGACAAAGGACUAUUUAUGAUAACAGCCCCUUUAAAACUCAAUUUUAAAGCUUAAAAUACAAAGUUUUCUUUUAUUUCAUGAAAGAGAUUGUGUGCAAUGCAGUGUUUCACAUAAAUUGUCUCUGAUAAAGUCCUCUGGAGUACAUACCAUCAAUUCUACUAGAAUUCAGCUAAAAGAAAACAUAGCACACCACUUUUGACAAAUGAUUUUUUUUUUAUCACAUUUGUGUACUGGAAAGAUACAAUUCUAUGGUAUAAAAUUAGAUAUAAAAUCUGCCCAAGUCUGCACUUGGUGUUUCUAAUGGUAAAAUGUUCAAAAUAGCCAUUUUAUGUCAGAAUACCAAAAGUGGCAGCACAACAUCAUGUUUGUAAUGUCAUUAUUCUGGUUUUAGGUCAUUUUGAUCAAAUUGACAUUAGCAAAUGAGUUGCAUUAGGAUUCUUGCAAAAAAAUACACUAAAUUUUGAAACAAUAGCACAAAUAUAGAUGUUGGGGGGAAUAAAGCCUUUAUCCUAUAUAGUCCUUUAAAACUUGUGGGAACAGAUUUUGAUUUUAGCUGCAAUUACUGCCUCAGAAAUAUUCUUAAAUGACUUAAAGAUCAAAGUAGUCAGUUCUCACAUAGUUUGGACUAUGUUUUACACAUAUAGUGAAUUAUAAACAGUUUUACACAAACGAACCUCUUUAUGAGGGUGUAAUAAUUGUCCCAAAUUUGGUAAAGUGCAUUAAUUGUAGGAACAUAGCUUGUAAUUCAAUGAAAUAUAUUUCAGUUUUGAAAAUGCAUGAGGGCAUAUGAACUGUUAGCACUUCAUGAAAAGUAUGCAGGCAUGAAGCAUUGCAGUUCAUACCCGUAUUAAGUGAAAUUUAUUUCUUAUAUUUCCUUCUACUUUCAUUUCUAUUGGAAUUCCCAGUCGUUAAAAUAGACCGACUAAUAUGUAUCAAGAUUCAUACACACAUUGUUCACAACUGCAUCACAUUCAUGAGGAAAUGGCUAUCAUUAUAAAGAUAUUGAAGGCAAACACAUUGGAAAUGUAAAUAUUCUAAUUUACAUGAAACAAUAGUGAUAUACAUGUAUAUAAUUAAAUAAAUCUAUAAUUCAUAUAUUCAAUUAACAAUUUGUACAAAAUCCCUCUUGGAUUUGAAUAAGGAUUUAUAGUUGGACUUCAUUCCACUGCUGCAUGUACUUAAGUUCAUGAAUUUGUUAAUUAAGAUGGUGGAAAUUUGCACCACAUGAAAAAAUGUCCACAGUAAUUGAAAUGAUCGUCAGAUUAAAGUAUGUUUUGAAAGCAUUUUCACAUUUGAUAAAAGAAAUCAAUAUGACCUAAUAUUUCACAUGAGUAUUCUGUUUUGUUAUUUAGAAUCAAUAUAUGACCUAAUAUUUCACAUGAGUAUUCUGUUUUGUUAUUUAGAAUCAAUAUAUGACCUAAUAUUUCACAUGAGUAUUCUGUUUUGUUAUUUAGGUUGACAGGUAUGUUAACAUUGUCCUCAUUUUUAUUUUCAGAUGUUCAACAAACAUAAAAACAAGUUAGGUCAUGAUGUAUUUAUGUAAGACUGUUAUGAAUGUGAUGUACUAUGUUCUUUAAAUGUGAUGUAGAAUAAUCUCCGUUCUCCAACAGAGGAAACUGGAGAACAAGUUUCAAGGGUAAAAAUUAAGGAAUUCAUCAUGUGUGUACUUACCUGUAAUUAUAUAUAUAUAUAUAUAUAUACAUAUAUAUAUAUAUAUAUAUUCAUAUGCCAUUUGAAAUGACAAAAUAACGAGAAUUACCAUAUAAAGUUGUGUUUUAAUUUAUAGUGUUUAUUAUACAAUUAGUAGUUUGUGGAGAAAUGACCAGUUUCUAUUCCUCAUUUUCUCUUGUGUUUCUUUCACGAUUGACUAGAUUGUUUGAUACCAUAUUUUGUUUGAUUAAAUUGCUCUAAAUUUUGUAGGGGUGUAAUUUUGUUUUGAUGGGUAGACAAACCCACAGACAGCGACAUUAUAUAAACAAUACUAUUAUGAAAUCAUGAUACAAAAAUCAUGCUGAACUUUUCAAACUACUGUUACUACACAGAAAUAUAUUGUGAAAGUAAAGUAGGAUAGAUGUGUACUUUCUUACAAAAUAUUCAUUAUGUUGACAGAUGAUUUUGAGGAAUUUUGAUGUUGGUCAAAUGUUCUGUCAUUUUAUGUUCAGUAUUAAAUUUUCUAUUGUUCUUUUUUUUUUUUUCCUUUUAAGUUAAUUUCUGAUGUGUGUCAGUUUUUAUUGCCGCUGGGAAAAAGAUAUAGAUUUGAAAUUGAGAAGUUAGAGUGGGUGUAUGCUUGUGAAUUUUAAGUGCAAUCUGUAAUGUACACUAAUUUUGGCAUGUAGAUAAAUUUUAGCAACUUUGAAAAGGUUACAAAGGUUUCUAUAUACAUGUACACAUAUAUAUAUAUAUAUGUAUGAUUUAUAAUUAUACAUAUAUAAUUAUAUCUGACUUGUAAAAACAUAUUUUUUGUUAAGGAAAAGUUUAUUUUUUCAUGCUGAAAUUUCUUGCAAUUUAUUAGAUUAAUUAAAAUGAGGCAGUAUAAAAAGUGAUUUAUCCAUAACACUGCCUUGUCCUUUACUAGGUAAAUAUGAACAAGUAUAAAAUGUUGCUUUAAUAUUUGUUUCUUUUUCUUCACCAUUGAUCCAAGAUUUUGUGAUACUGGUUCAUGUUAAUAAAUUCAUCAUGGUUUUUUUUCCAGAGCAAUACUCUAUAUUACAGGAAAUAUGAUUUCAAACAGUCUGAUAAAAAAAAAAUGCUGACAUAUGAAAUCUCUUAUCUUUCGAAUUUGACACUUAGCCAUCUUUGAUUACCAAUUUAAUCAGAUUUGCAAGAUUAAGCAUAUUGUAUUUUAUAAUUGUUUCUGAAAGAUUUUAAAUGUUUCAUAAAUAAAGUACAGGAAAACUUAGUAAGUACAGUAGAGAGUAAAACACAGAAUUUUAGAUUGCAAAACUUCUGGUUGAUAUGUUACACUGUAUCAUAUGGAAAGCCAACAGGGACAAAAUUCUAUCCCCUGUAAUUGUGUAUUUGUAACUAUAUAUAUGCAAUGCAACAUUCGUUCAGUAGAAAUGUUAAACGUAAAUGCAAAGUGUUGAAUUACGAGUGCAAAGUCAAUCCAGUGGCCUGGAAUGACUGUGUGAAUGUUGUUAUGUAAUACAUUAUCCAUUGAAUAUUUAGAUAGAAAUUUCGUGUGUAAUCAAAAUUUUAAGAUUUCUGAUAGUAAUUUCUUCUUUGAUAAAUUUAUAUAAAUGCAAAACAUGAGGUAUAGGUAAAUCCAUCAUUUGUUCUAUCAACCUUUGAAAUUGAAUCUGUAAUUGAUGUUUGUACAACUCACAAAGUGUGGCAUGUAACACAUCAAUUCAUUAUUCAAUUCUUUAUCCCACGCACAACGAAUUUGCAGAGGGUAUAAUGUUUUUGACCAGUCCGUCAAUCCCUUUUUUGUCAGCGCAACUCCUCUGAGACCGCUCAACAGAAUUUCAUGAAACUUUGUAGUUAAUAAGGACACACUGUGUAGAUGUAUAUAUUCCCAGGAAAUUCUGAUUCAAUCAUUUUUCUGGGAGUUAUGCCCCUUUUGAACUUAGAAUUUCAAGCCCAUCUGUCCUGUUCUUGCAGUAAUACAUGGCAUUACCAUUCAUAAUGUGAGGCAUUUUCAAGCAUUGUUGGAGCGUAGGGUAUGUGAGCUUGCUCACUUUUCCACUAUAUCAGGAAGCUUUCAUGUAAAUUUCAGCCUUUUUCCCCUUUGAAGGGGCAUGGCCCUUCAUUUGAACAACCUUGAAUCCCCUUCACCCAAGGAUGCUUUGUGUCAAGUUUGGCUGAAAUUGGCCCAGUGGUUCUGGAGAAGAUGAAAAUGUGAAAAGUUUAUACCGAUGCCGCCAACAGUCAUUUAAACAAACUUGAACCCCUUCACAUAAGGAUGAUUUGUUGUAAGUUUGCUUGAAAUUGGCUCAGUGGUUCUAGAGAAGAUUUUCCUAUAUAUCAGCACGUAAAACUUUGACUGCAUUAUGUGGCCCCACCCUGCCCUUGGGGGUUCAUGAUCUAAACAAAUUUGAAUCUACUCUAACAUAGGAAGCCUUCACUUAAAUUUCUACUCAUUUGGCCUGGUGGUUCUUGAUCAGGGGUCAUGAUUUUAACAAACUUGAAUCUCCACUAUGUCAAGAAGCUUUCAUGUAACAUUCAGUUUUUCUGGCCCAGUGGUUUUCAAGAAGAUUUUUAAAUGGCCGCACCCUAAAUUUGCAUUUUCGUGAUUAUCUCCCCUUUGAAGAGAUCAUGGCCCUUCAUUUCAACAAACUUGUCUCCCUUUCACCCAAGGAUGAUUUGUUGUAAGUUUGCUUGAAAUUGGCGCAUUGAUUCUGGAGAAGACUUUCCUAUAUAUCAGCAUGUAAAACUAUUGUGGCCCCAUCCUCCCCCCCCCUCCCCCCCCCCCCCCCCCCCCCCCAGGGCCAUGAUCUGAGCAAAUUUGAAUCUACUUUAUAUCAGGAAGCUUUCAGGUAAAUCUCCACUCUUCUGACCCAUUGGUUCUUGAGAAGAUUUUCUUUAUAUAUUCGCAUGUACAAAUUGGAUUCCCUAUUGUGGCCCCAAUAUUCCACCGGGGGAAACCUGAACUAAGGCUGCUUGUGCUGCAGUCUGAUUAAAACCAGCCCCCUUCUCCUAUCGACGAUAGGAGAAGGGGGGCUGGUUUUAAUCAGACUGGUUUUGCUGAAGCUUGUUUAUUGUUAGGAACUGUUGCUUAGGUGAGCGAUGUGGCCCAUGGACAUCUUGUUUUAGUUCCAUUUUAGAUUUAAGACAAGACCUUGAAAAUUAUAUGAAAUUUUAGAAAUUGACAUUACUCCAAAUAUGUACUUUUAAACUCUCAAAUUUGAUAUCAUGAAUGUUUUCGUAAAUCAGGUGCAAAAAGGUCAUUAUUUUCAUUCCUUGUUUUAAACUUUGUUUUUUAUCCGUAUUGUUAAAUGACGUGAUUAUUUAUCUAUUGCAAUGAUUGAUUUGUGUUGACACCAACAGACAAAUCAAGUUUAAUUGUAUAAAUCUUGAGUCGAUUUUAAGUGCGAAAAGGUCAUGUUUAGAACACUGUAGCUCAAUAACAAGCAUUGCGACCCCAGUUUUUCUUUUUAAUUUCCUGACUCUCCUUCAAUGUAGAAAUCAAAAAUACACUUCCCUAAAAUUGACAUUACUCCAAAUCUCAGGUGCGAACCUCAUUAAGGUAGCUCACUACACUAAAACUUAUAGUGAAAAUGUAUGUAUCGAUCGAUUUGUUUGUCUAUCAUCGUAGCUCAAAUCCCCCAGAGUCUUUUAUUUGUACGUGUAGAAAUCUUUUUUUUUUUUAAUCCAAAUUUGUAUAUUUUUUGGCAUAUAUACUUAUUGUAUAUCAUCAUAUCGUUUAUAAUUAAAUCAAUUCGUACUGAUUUCAGAAACUAUUUCUGGGUGUAGUGAGCCACCUUAAGUUAUAUUUAACUUUUCUAUAUUUAUGUUUAACAUAUCUACAUUUACAUUGAACGAAAGGUGCAUUGCGUAGCUACAAGAGAAACAUGUUAGUUAUAUAGAUAUAGAUAUAUCUGGUUACAAAUACACAGUUAUAUGGAUAGAAUUUUGACCCCAUUGUCUUUCCAUAGUCUUCAGGCUGAUGUUUAACAAUGAACUGAAAUACAGUAUUUAAGAUUUCCCUAGCUGGCAAGUGCCAAAGAUGGAUAUGAUAUUUUAUAUAUGGCCAUACCAAUUGAAAGCUAUGUGAUAAUUCAGAUUGUUACUGUAUGGCCGUCUUCAAAAUGUGAAAUAUCAUGAAUGAAUAUUGUAUAUGCAUUGUUGAAAAUGAUAAAUACUCAAUUAAAAUGUAUCAAGAUGCAAA